AUGAGCCACGGAAAAAGGGUAUCGCGACAGCAGACACUCUUGUGUAGGGAUUGCUCCUUGUUCAUAUGUGUGUCGCAUUCGUGGCUGGCUGUACUGACAUCUUUCGACAGCGCUGGAUGUGUCGCUUAUGUUACAAAAGAUGGCGAACCGCGUCGCGCAACCAUUCUGGGCAUCAGGGAGACAAAAAGUGGGCGCCAAUGGUAUGCAAACUUCGACAGCUUUAACAAACGUCUCGACGAGUGGGUGCCGCAAGCAAGGAUAAACUUCGACAAGGAGGUCGAGUGGCCGAACCCCGAAAAGGAUAAACCAAAGGACCCAAAGAGCAAGAAGACAACUGCCGCAACAUCCAAGAAGUCACAACCGUCGAAGAAGAACCAGAAACGAGUCAGUAAAAGGGAACAGUCGGUUGCAUCCGAAGGCCAGACGCCACACCCCUGGACGGAAUAUGUCGAGAAUGGGCAACACAAGGAUAAGAAUCAGGAGACGGAGGAGAAAUCCAUGGGGAGUUUGGAAGUGGGAGGAACACCUGGCGUUCUUGGACCAGACGAAAUGGAAAUCGACGAAGACGAGACACCAGCCGGCGCAGCCAAAAAGGACAGCCUCGGCCCUUUUAGUCGUCAGCAAGAGAUUGAAAAACUCCGGACGUCAGGGUCCAUGACUCAAAAUCCAGCUGAAGUAUCACGGAUCCGAAAUAUCUCACAAGUCGAGUUUGGACGGUACGUGUUGUUUCCAUGGUACUUUUCGCCAUACCCCGAAGUGUUCAGCCAGGAGGAGUCCAUUUUCAUCUGCGAGUUCUGCCUGAGCUACUACGCGGACAUGAAAUCUUUCUCAAGACAUCGGCAGAAGUGCACACUUCAACACCCCCCGGGAAACGAGAUCUAUCGGGACGACUUUGUGUCAUUCUUUGAGAUAGAUGGCAGGAGGCAGCGAACGUGGUGUCGGAACCUGUGUUUGUUGUCAAAGAUGUUUCUUGAUCACAAGACACUUUACUAUGAUGUCGACCCAUUCUUGUUCUACGUCAUGACGACGAGAGACGAGCGAGGGUGUCAUCUUAUUGGAUAUUUUUCCAAGGAAAAGGAAAGUACGGACGGUUACAACGUUGCGUGUAUUUUGACGCUCCCACAGUAUCAGCGGAAAGGCUAUGGUCGUCUUCUGAUCCAGUUCUCGUACGAACUUUCCAAGAUUGAGGGCAAACUUGGAUCACCGGAAAAGCCGCUCUCAGAUUUGGGUUUGCUGAGUUACCGCCAGUACUGGUCAGAAAACAUCAUCGACCUGCUGCUUGGCUUUAGCGAGAGAGAUGAGAAGUGCACCAUCGAAACCAUUGCACAGCACCUUGCCAUGACGGCGACCGACGUUGAGCAUACCCUUCAGGCACUAAAGAUGCAGGUCUACCAUAAGGGUGAGCACAAGAUCGUGCUGUCGGACAAGCUGGUGGAACAGCGGGCCAAGAGCAGAGCGAAACAAAAGAGACUGAUUGAUCCUGAACGGAUCCAGUGGAAGCCACCCGUGUUUACAGCAUCAUCAAGAACUUGGGGUUGGUAG